CUUCGAAAUGUAUUCGGGUGGAAAAGCAGUGCAGCUUACGUUAUCGCUAGUUUGCUUGUUAGCCGCUGUAGAGGCAGGCAUAUUAUAUUCAAAAGAGCCUGCAGUGAAAAGUUUAAUUCUAAAUACUAAGGAUGAUGGACCCCGCACACCAUAUCGAACAUCGUCCACGGCUGCUACAUAUUCCACACCUUCAUUCAUAAACGUAACUGAUGGACCUACCGACGUAACCACGGACGGACCGUUCAGCAGCACAACACCACCACCAGAGAUUAGUGCUGGCGUCGUGGUGCGCGGUGACUGUGCAUUCGAUCUGAAUGGCGAUCUCAAUGAUCCAGCACCGAUUUUCACGCCACACAAUCAACUUGAAUGGCUAGUGCCGAACCCUGCAGGCAUAGUCGAAUUAUCUAACGGCGCCUACAUCGAUAUGUACUGCAACAAGUCAUUUAUAGCACCGUUUAGCAAUAGCACCAAAGUCACAGCACAGUGUCUGCAAAAUCAGUACUUCCUCGUCGAUGGCCUGAUUUAUCCAUUCUCCAAUUUUAGCUGUACCAAUUGGCCAGCGUAUACGGCACGUCGCACCGGACGCCCCUGUAAUGGCGGCACAGAUCUCCUGGAAGUUGGCUUCGAACUUCCCACGGGUUUUCUACAAAUCAUGGAUAUUUGCCACGAUGAAGUGAACGAGGUAACCCGUUAUGUUCACCACAACCUAAAUCCCUCCAGUGCUGGCUAUCAGCAUGGCGUCUCACGUCCAAGCUUCAUUACCGGCGACUUUUAUGCUGGCAAAAAUGUGAAUAAUCUCUACACGAAGGUACAACAAAAUCGAACUAUCAGCAGAAUACUCGGCAUGGAUGCAUCGCGAUUUUUCAAUGACACUCUCGAUGUGUAUUUGGCGCGCGGUCACAUGGCCGCCAAGGUGGACUUUAUUUUUGGGGCGUCCCAAAAAGCGACGUUCUACUUCGUGAAUGCGGCGCCGCAGUGGCAGAUGUUCAACGGCCGCAAUUGGGAACGUGUGGAGGACAGUGUGCGUCGAUAUGCAAGCGAUAAGGCGUUGGAUUUGGACUGCUAUACCGGCAUUUGGGGUGUUUCCACGCUGCCAGACGUAAAUGGCAUACAACGCGAAUUGUACCUAGCUUUUGAUGAGAACAAUAAUGGUCUGAUACCUGUGCCUAAAAUCUAUUUCCGCGUUGUCAUCGAUCGUAAGACACGCAACGGCAUUGUUUUAAUAGGUGUCAAUAACCCGCAUGUGACACUGGAGGAAAUCAAAAAAGACUAUGUGAUUUGCAAAGACGUGGGUAAUCGUAUCAAGUGGGUUAGCUGGGAUAAAGAGAACCUCAUGAAUGGUUACUCAUAUGCCUGCGCCGUUGACGAUUUCAUAUCGGUGGUAAAGGACUUACCGUUGGACGAAUUGUACACAAGCGGUCUAUUAGGUGUGGAAGAACUGAUCAUCGAAAAUAUACCACUUUAGAGCUAAAGCUCACGAAAUUGGCGUUAUUAAAAAGACCUUCCAAGGCAAUAAGUGCAGGGCUUUAAUAAAUAUUUUCGAAAUUCUAAGCUACCAACAGCAAUGUAUUCGAGUGUUUCAUGCAUCCACUUCUAACUUUUAAAUUUUGAUAACGGCGCGUAAUAAAUCUACAAAUUAGGAUCAUACAGUAAUAAAUA